AGGACAGGAAACAGUUUCUUAGGAACUGCACAUUGCUCUGGACUCAUUCAUGUGCACACACUUUAAACACUGCUCUGUCUCUUUUAUACAAUAAUAUUUAUGCCUGGUGACCUUUAACAGUCUGCAUUUUUCUAUAGGAACAUAUCUAAAACUCGUUGGAUUAAGCAAUGACUAUGCUAUUAUGUCUUUUUAUUGUUCUCUGUGUGUCUGUAUCAGUGCCUGGAGUGACCGUCGGUACAAAUACAACUGAUAAAAAUCAAUCUACAGAUACAGAUACUUCUGGUGGCAUGAUGACCCUUUCUCCCAACCACACACGUGGUGACGCUUCUCCAACACAGACCCCAGACAACGGGCUCAGCACUUUGGCCUUCGGUGUGAUGAGCUUCAUUCUCAUUUUGAUCAUUGUCAUGGUGAUCUUGGUAACAGUUGUUAACCUCAGAGGACGGUGCAGUAAUACAAAGGAUGAUGGUGUCAAAAACUAUGGCUCUGUGAUAUCGGAAGGGCAAAUAAGACACAGUGAAGAGAGGGAAAGCAUCAUGCUAGUCUCCAUGAGGACAUUAAACACAGACACUGACACAGAUUCAGUACGGCUCUCCUCCAUUUUCAGUUCAGCACCGGACAGUGAAUACCAAUAGCUCAGAAUCUGAGCUUUUGAGCUAUCUGAUUUCCUUCACUGCUGUUUCAUUCUGACACCAACAACUGCCUUUUCAUUCUCCUACAACAUGUCUUUGUACAGUUUGUCUCACAUUUGCAAAUAUUUAUGCCAAAUUAAAUGAUCACAUAAUAUAAGCUAA